GCAAGGGGACUUAUAUCAACACACUUUUUCCAUUAACAGUUCAAGCAUUGAGUCUUUGGAAGAUGAUGGUUUUAGGAUGGAAUGCUUCUCUGUAUCACAUAAGGCUAGUGCAAAUGACUUGAAUGGCUUUGAGUGAUUGUGAAAGUCACAGCAACAGCACUAGAGGAAGAGAUGAGAGUUUUAAGGGGUUCAACUACUGUACAAGAAUUGGUCUUCCAAUGAGAGCUUUGAAGUUUGACACGUGUAUCAGAGGAUCAUAUGGACCGCCAUUAUUACUUUCUCACCCAAGGAACUGGGUAAAAAGCUACCACUCUGUCUCAUGCAUAAAGUAUAGACAUGUCUCUUUGGCUAAAGAUUCUACAGCUAGGGAUUAACACAUCUACGUAUUUGAAUUGGCAUUUCCAUUGGUUCUCAACAAAAACAAGUUGAUGAAGCUUACACAGUAAUGGUAUGGAUAUCAUUGUCUUUCCACUUUCAGGCUUUUGGUUGUGCUUCUUGGUAUUGAUCCGUAUUUUGUUGUGUGUGAAACGCAAACUUGAUAUGGGUCGUGAGAUAGCGAAGUCUUAUACCACACAAUUGAGAAGUCAACUACAUAUAGAUGAUGCUACAUUAGCCAAGCCAUGUCUAUGUUGUGUGAUUGGUGUGGAAGCUUUCUCAUCACUCUUCAUUGAGCUACACCAACUCCCAAUCAAACUUGAUGAUGUUUACAGUGAUUCA